AGCAGCAGCUGAAGAAAGCAGAAGCAUAAAAGCAAAAGUCCAACUAUUCUUUUUUGUUUGUUUGCAACACUGAAGUAAUGUCAACAGCAGCAACAACAACAACUACAAUUACAACAACCAACAACAGCAACGUGUGCGAAUUACAAGCCGAGCUCGUAUGCCCUCUCUCUCGCUCUCUCUCUCUCUCGCUCUUACAAUUGUAUUUGUAACAACAAAAAUAAUUAUUGACACUUGUGUUUCGAAUUUAAAUCUAUUGCCAUCAUUUAUGCGUAAAGUUGUGCGUGUCUCUCUCUCUCUCUGUGUGUGUUAUUUUUUUUUUUUUUUGUUUUUGUUGUUGUUUUGAAAAACAAGAAAGAACCCGCGUGAGCCGCGGCUUACAAAUCAGAGCGUAAGAGCCAGCCAGAAGAGAGUGAGCGGAAGAGCGAACGAAGAGCGCAAAAGGAUCCCAGCGAAUGAAGAAGAUGAGCUGCUGCAAAAUGCAACGACAACAACAGCAGCAGCAGCAGCAACAACAAAGAGCAGCAGCAACUCGUAACUAAAGUGACAUGAGGCCUUAACAACAAUUUAAAAAAACAACAACAGCAACAAGAAGCAGCAGACGCAACUGUGGAGCACUAAAAACCCAAAUUGCAAACAAUUAAAAGGGACAACAGCAACAACAGCCAGAACGAAGGAUACGAAGGCAGCUGGCGCUCGAGCCCCGGCAACAAAAGGGCAACAUACGAGACACGCCCACGCACGCAGCAUCAUCAACAACAACAACAACAACAACAACAACAACAACAACAACAACAACAACAACAAGAACAACAACAAUAACAAGCAAACAAUGCCAGCUACAUUUAUGGCCAACUAAAAACUGAACAGCGGCCGCAGUCCGCAGGCCCGGCCCAAGACAAAACAGCUGCCCUUCAGCCCCGCCCCGCCCCCCCCAACCAGUGCCGCCUCUGCCCAUCCGCUGCAGCUACGACUUUUGGGGCACAACAACAGCCUAAAGUGGCUUUUAUCAAAAAAAAAAAAAAAAAAACAUACAAAAUACCGCAUUGUUUUGCUUAUUGUCAUUCAAUCCCCUCUGCCUGGCCCCACCUGCCACUGGCAGAAGUGUGAAAAUUGUUGUUGCUGUUGUUGUCCGCGUGCCAUCCAACGCCUUUGGGCACUCAAUUAAGCCCAAUUCCAGACAGACACACACUCGCACACACACACACUCGCACACACACUCGCACACUGGUGCGGUGGUGGACACCAGCGGUGUCUGUUGGUGUCUGCUGGCAGUGUCGGCUGCGUCUGCGUGGGCACCUCACCGCGCACCGCUGGUCUUGUGGCCCGGCCAUUGAGUUGAUGUGACAAUGAAACUGAGCGUCAGCGCGUAUCGGGCGCAUGCAUCCGCACACAAGAAGAUCCUCUCCAGCGGCUAUCACUCGCAGCUCAAUUACGGCAGCACUGGCGCCGCCGCCGCAUCCUCCUCCUCAUCGUCGGCAGCAGCGGCGGCCACUGCAACGGGCCUAUAUACGAUGGAAACGCACGAGCAUGGCGGCAAGUUUCCAAAGGAUAUGGCCAGGCUCGACUGCAACAGCGACACGGACGUCAUCAGCCCAACGGGCACCAGCAGCUCCGGCGGAGGAGGCGGCGCCAGCAAUGCCCCAACGGAUGGCGGCCAUCACAAGCGUCACCACAAAAGCGGCAGCGCCUCGGCAGCGGCUGCGGCAGCGGCAGCAGCUGCCGCAUUGGCCAACGAUGAUGACAAUAACAGUGCGGCGCAUUCUUCGGACAGCAAGAGUCCCAGUCAGCGGAAAUCGCGUAUCGGAGAUGGAGCUUCAGAUCCAGAUUCCGAUUGGACACGCUCGAACCAACGCUGGAUGAAACUGCGCACCACCGUACAAAUCUCAUCGGCCAUACAGAAGAAACCACCGCUCAAGCGCGAAGACUCUUUCCUGAAGCGUUUCUCAACUAGACAGAUACCCGAAACACAGGAAACUGUUGAAGAUACGGGUUCAGAAAGUGCCUCUGGUGACGUCGACAAAACGGUUAAGCGUAGACGACGUUAUCUGCAGAAACGACGCUCCGUUGUUAAUCCAGAUGAAAAUUUUUACUUCUAUUGGUUAAUGAUGUUAACUAUAUGUGUUCUCUAUAAUCUAUGGACCCUAAUUGUGAGGCAGAGCUUUCCUGAACUGCAGCAAUCUGUGCCUACCUUUUGGCUCAUCUGCGAUUCAAUGACAGAUGUUGUAUUUAUCUUAGAUAUAAUAGUUCAAUUACGCACAGGCUAUCUGGAGCAGGGCCUAAUGGUAUACGAUGACAGGAAACUGGCCUGUCACUAUGUGCACUCGCGUGAGUUCAUCUUUGAUAUGAUAGCGCUGAUACCAUUGGAUCUGCUCCAGUUGAAGAUGGGCACACAUCCGCUUUUGCGUUUUACGCGCUUUUUUAAAGUAUAUCGAUCUGUGAGAUUUUAUUACAUCGUAGAGAGUAGAACAGUUUGGCCAAAUUUAUGGCGCGUUGUUAAUCUAAUUCAUAUCCUGUUAAUAUUGGCCCAUUGGUUCGGUUGUUUCUAUUUUUUGCUCUCCGAAGCGGAGGGCUUUCAGGGUGAUUGGGUCUAUCCCUAUAGACCGGGUGACUAUGCGACGCUGACGCGCAAAUAUCUGGGCAGCCUUUAUUGGUCCACCCUGACGCUGACCACAAUUGGGGAUCUGCCGACGCCAGAGACGAAUGCAGAACCGAACUUUUCGGUGGACGGCCCCCGAUCAAUACCAAGGCGUGGCAUCAAAUCACGACUGCUACAGUUUGGCUCUAGCUAUGGAUAUAUUUUUACGAUCGUUAGCUAUUUGAUUGGGGUUUUUAUCUUUGCGACUAUUGUGGGCCAAGUGGGAAAUGUGAUAACAAAUCGAAAUGCCAAUCGCUUGGAAUUCGAGCGUCUACUCGACGGGGCCAAGACCUACAUGAGGCAUCACAAGGUGCCCGGCGGCAUGAAGCGGCGAGUGCUGCGCUGGUAUGACUAUAGCUGGUCACGGGGUCGGAUACAGGGCGGCGGGGAUAUUAAUACUGCGUUGGGCCUGUUGCCCGAUAAAUUGAAAACCGAAUUGGCCUUACAUGUUAACCUAAGCGUACUGAAGAAGGUGACCAUAUUCCAAGAGUGCCAGCCCGAGUUUCUGCACGAUCUGGUGCUGAAAAUGAAGGCAUAUAUCUUCACGCCGGGCGAUUCCAUCUGUCGCAAGGGCGAGGUGGCCCGUGAAAUGUUCAUCAUAGCCGAUGGCAUUCUCGAGGUGCUCAGCGAGACGGGCAAGGUGCUGACCACCAUGAAGGCGGGUGAUUUUUUCGGCGAGAUCGGUAUACUCAAUCUGGAUGGCCUGAACAAACGCACCGCAGAUGUGCGCUCCGUGGGCUACUCAGAGCUGUUCUCGCUGUCACGCGAGGACGUACUGGCCGCCAUGAAAGACUAUCCGGACGCACAGGAAAUUCUGCAGACUCUCGGACGAAAACGCCUCAUGGAGGUGCGCUGCGUGAACAAGAAAUAUGCCAAGGCGCAAAGUGACAAGGAGGCUGCAGCCUAUGCCGCCGCCCAUCCGCAUCAUCCACAUGCUCAUCCGCACCAUCAUCAGGUGCAUCAGAGCGACAGCAGCGAGAACAGUGCCUCCAAGAAAAUAGUGGACAAGCUGAAGCACGAUGUAAAGGGCUUUCGCAAUGUGCUUAAAAAGUCCAGAACCUCACGCAAAAGCGAUGAAUCACUGGAAAUGCAACCGCUGCACAAUACCUCGCCGCGUGGCAGCAAGAUUAUGCUGAAGCGCAUGUCACGCGUGCGCUCCGACGACAAGGAUGCGGAUAGCGCCGAGGCGAAGGAUGAGCUGCAUGACAAAACGCCCAGCCCCAUUGGGGCCGGCCUGCCGCUGCUGCAGCGCCUGCGGCUGCUCAAGGAGAAGCAGGAUCGCGAAGAGCGAGCUGUUAAGUCCACACCACCACAGAAAUCUCCACCUCACUCACAUGUAACGUGUACGUUAUCGCCGCAGGAAUCGAUACAGGAAGAGCCCGAACGCGAGUUUAACGAAGGCUUUCCCCUGAUCCAGAGAUUGCAGCAGUUGAAAAUUAAAAACGAGCCACAAACGAACGCCAUCAGCGAGUCCGUCGGCGUCGUCAUGGCACACACGCCGCCCAACAUCAGCAGCAAGGUGGACUUUGGAGCAGCAGCAGCCGGUGCGACAGCUGCUGCGACAGGUGUUGCGACAGGUGGUGCAGGCACAGCUCAAACGCUGACCGUUGCCCAAAUCAAGCCCAUCAUGAAGGUCUCAUUCAAGCAGAAGAUACAACAGCUGCAGGGUGCGGUGCCGACCGUGGCAAGCGGCAGCAGCACCGCCAGCACCACCAGCACCACCGGCGCCAUUGCCAAAAAGGAGCCACCCAAAUCGCUGGCUGUGGUGGCAAAGCAUGCCAGCUCAGGGCUGCCACCGUUGGAGCCGGCGGCCGGUGCAGUGGCUGUUGGCCAGCCGACAGGUGCCGCCAUGUCGAGGAAAGUGAUAAAACCGUCCCAGAUGCUGAUCACACCGCUGCAGUCCGAUACGGAUACGGAUGGCACGCCCAUCAAGCCCUGGUCCAAGCUGAAGCUGGCCACACUGAUGUCGGCCAGCUACACGAGCCUGAACAACUGCUCGCCAGACGAUCUGGCAACGCCGCUAAAGAACUAUUCGCUAAGCAAUAUACCGCAGCAUAUGGAGGGCACGGCAAACGCUCGACCGCGUCAUCACAGUGCGCGCAGCUCACGCUCGCCGCGUCACGCACACGGUCACGCACAUGGUCACGGUCAGGGUCACGGUCAGGGUCAUGGGCAUGGCCAUGGUUCCAGCUCGAGCACGUGCUCGUCGAGUGCCCGAAGCACAUUGAGCAGCACACGCGAAUGCCUUCGACUGCAGAAACCGGAACAAAAGCUGCCCGAGGCUGAGGCAACCGGCCGGAAGCUCUAUCAAAGCGUUUUCGAUCUAUCGCCGGAAUAUUGUGGACUGCCGUUUGUGAAACGGCUGAAGAUACUGAAUGAGCGCCAGAAGCUAGCGGAACUGGAGAAAGCGCUGCAGACGCGCAGCUUCAGCCUGGACUGCUCCAAGUCGAGCAGCAAUAACAACGAAGUGCCCAUUACGGAGUCAUUAUAUCGCUGCUAUAGCGACACCUCCGGCAUCUACACACAGUUUCUGAGCGCCUACGAGUCCACUACCAGCUCCACAUCCAUUUCGACCAAUACAUCCGCAUCGGAUAGCAAUUCCAAGCCGCACGCCCAGGCGCAUGCGCACCAGCUGGAGUACAUGCCGCUCAGCCCGGAAUCGAACGAGACCGUCGAACGGCGCAAACUGAAGAGCAUACUGAAAAAACUGCAGAAGGGUGGUGCAGCAGCAGGUCUAGCUGAUCAAGCUGUUGGUGGUGGUGCCGCAGCCGAUGGUGAUGCCCAAGACGAGGCGAAUGCCAAGGCCAGUAGUGCACUAUCGAGGGGGCUGCUCAUGGAGCCGACCUUGGAAGGGUACGUGGCCAGGCACAGUAAGCUCUUGAAGAGUGUAACCUUCCAUUCAACUCUUUCCAGCCCGCCACCCAGUGCCAAAGAGGAGCUGCACCUCGCUGCCCUCGGUGGUGCUGUUGCCUGUCAAAAUAAUUCGCAAUACGCAAACGCGAACGCGCUCGCGCUCGGUACGGUCACGGUUACGGGUAACGGUACAGAUAAUAAUAUGGCAACGCCAACAACGGUACGGCCAGCGGGCAUAAUGCUGCCAGAUCCGUCUGUCUGGUCGCCGACGUUGGCAUUGGUAACGCCAACGAAUUCGCCGCAAGAAUGUUUCGCAUUUGAGCCACAGCUGGGCGGCGGCGUUAUCGCUGGCGUUGGCAACGGCUCAGCGUCAAUCGCAUCCGCAUCCGCAUCGACAUCCGCAUCCGCAACCGCCUCAUAUGUGGUCGAGUGCUCCGCGUCAAACCAGAUACUCUCACAGAAUACCGAAUUUCAUGCACAAUCCACAGAUUUGAAUUUGAAUUUGCAGCUCCGGCAGAACACGAUGAAUGCCACCAGUCAGGCGGGUCAGGUCCCAAAAUUGGAAGGCUUUCCAGAGGCGCAGGACUACUUCAAUCAGAUAGUCAGCGGCAUCAAUCACGUGAUAAAGACGCACAUGAACGAAAUGCACUCAAAGUUCGAGUCGCAAUUCUCGAACAUGGCCGGCGAGGUGAGACGCCGAGACGCUAUCAUUGCCCAGCUGCAGCUAAAGCUGCGCUCCAUCGAACAGAAAUCAACGAUGGCAACACCGACGCGUCGAAUUAAACGGGAGAAGCUGCCACAGCUCUCCGUGGACGAUGACGAGCCGGCUGAGCAGGAUAAUAGCAGUUCUGGCUCCUCGGCCGAGCUGCUCUUCAUGCGCGGCGACUCGCUGGACACUGUGUUCACCUCGUCCCCGCCCAUCCAGGGCGGUCGGCGCAGCAUAUCGCCUGGACCCAGCCGGCAUCAUGCGGCCUCCGCCAAUGCGCUCAACUGUCCGAGCAGCUACUACAGCGGGCCGGGCACAUUGACGACGCGGCACGCCCAAAGCCAGCCCAGCUUUUAUACGCCGCACGGCAAUGGGCGGCACAGCAGCCGGGCAGGAGUUCUGCCUGGCUAUCGCGAUUGGCUUGAGCAUGGAACUGCCAGUGGCAGCAGCAUGGCAGGAGGCGCUGCCGACAGCAGGAGUAGCGGUGGCUCUGGCAUGGGCGUGGCCAGCAGCAGCAGCGGCAGCGGCAUGAUGGUCUCCGAUGUGACGGGCAAUUUGACGCGUCUGUCGGACAGCGUCAUUUUGGAUAUUGGGGAGAGCUCCAGCUCGAGUUCGUCGUCGAGCAAGCUAAACAUUGCCGGCGACAUCGACGACGAUGACGACGACGAGGCGGAGGCGGAGGAUGAACUGAGCGGCGCGGCGCUGGUCACGGCGGCCACCAGCAGCGGCGCUGCCAGCGCCGGCCACAACGACUGGGAGGUGCAAAUGCUAGCGGCCGAAAUGGAGCGGCAGGAGCGCAAGCGUGGCCUUUCGCUCUCCGACAAUUUGGGCGAGCUGCGGCAGUGCAGCACAUUUCUGCGCAGGCGUCGCAAGUUCAGCGACACCGAAACGGAGCACAGCGAAACGGAUCCGGAUGAGCGUCUGGCCAGCACUGGCGGUGCGGCUGGCGCCGAUGUCGAUGCCACAUUGGGCCACGUGGCCAGUGGCAACGGCAGCAGCGGGAGCGGCAGCGGCAGCGGCAGUAAUCGACCGCGUGCCUCGAGCCUGGAUCAGUUUAACCUGCGCUAUGGCAUUGGACGUGGCAUCUUUAAAGCAAUGAGCAUCGAUCGUGAUAAAGACAAGCUCUGAGAACUAUAAUCGCAGCAACCACCCACAGCAAUAACAAGAACAAACCUGGACACAAACAAUAAGCUAAGCAAUACGAGCAGUAUUACAAAAGGAACAACACACAACACACACACACGCACACACACACACACACCGAUAUACAAGACAGCAUAUAAAGAGGUAUGCUAUAUAUAUUCUAUAUAUAUGUUUAGCCCUUAACCAAUUCUCCAGAGCAAGAAAACCACAAAAAAAAACCCAAAAAAAGAAAAAAAAAAAA